AUGGCCGUCAUCAACACCGUCAGCCGGGCGGCAGACUCCGUGGCUCUGCUGAAGGGCGGGAACCACUGCGAGGGCCUGGUGCAGGUGCAGCGCGCCGGGCGGCAGGGCGCUGUGUGCGGGGACAGCUGGAGCCUGGACGAGGCGGCCGUCGUCUGCAGGCAGCUCGGCUGCGGCACCGCCCGCUUCGCGCCCAAGUACGCCGUGUGGUACGAGGAGACCCAGCUGCUGCUGCUGCAGGGCGUGCGAUGCGCGGGCACCGAGGCCUCGCUGUGGGACUGCGCCCUGGGGCCGUGGGGCCCGGUGCGGGGCUGCGCGUGUGAGUGCUAUGGCGUCGUGCAGUGCUCAGGUGGGAAUCUGGCCAAGGUCAGGCUGGAAGCGGGAGGCAGCCCCUGUGCGGGGACCCCACAGUUCCAUCUGUCAGACAGCCUCGUCCAGGUGUGUGGCUUGCAGGCGAAGGAGACCGGUGUCUUGUGCAGGAGUCUGGGGUGCGGCGAGGCACUCCAGGCAUCCAGACCCCACAACAUCCAGGACCCUGGAGACCGGAGCCCUAAGAUCGUGACCUGCCAGGGAACAGAGUCCAGCAUCUUCAACUGCAAGCUCGACGUGAACAUUUGGUACCAAUGCAACUUUCUGACGGAAGCCCAGGUUGUGUGUUCAGGACACACCGAGGCCCGGCUGGUGGACGGCGAGCACCCCUGUGCUGGGCGUCUGGAGGUGAGGCGCGGCCUGACCUGGGGCUCCGUCUGCGACGCCGACCUGGACCAGGCCACGGCCCACGUGGUGUGCCGGGAGCUGCACUGCGGCUCGGCCGUGUCCAGGCCCCGGGGUGCCCACUUCGGCCCGGGCUCUGGGCCCGUGUGGACGGAGGCCUUCCGCUGUGCGGGCAACGAGUCCCUGCUGUACCAGUGCCCGCGGGGGCCUGGGCACCAGUGUGGACACGGCCAGGACGCCGGGCUGCGGUGCUCAGGGGGAAGGUUCCGGCUGGUCAACGGCAGCAGCAGCUGUGAGGGGCGAGUGGAGCUCCAGGUUCAGGGCGCCUGGGCGCCCCUCUGUGCCGCCCACUGGGACCUGGCAGACGCCACCGUCCUCUGCCACCAGCUCAACUGUGGCAGCGCGGUGGCCACACCUCGAGAAGGCCACUUUGGGGACGGGGACGCUCCCAUCUGGCCUGACGUGUUUCACUGUGUGGGGACAGAGCCCUAUCUGUGGAAUUGCCCAGUGGGCACGCUGGGGGCCCCCUCCUGUGACCCGGGAAACGCCGCCACCGCGGUCUGCUCAGGUCUCCCCGACGCCCUGCGGCUGAGGGACGGGCAGAGCCGCUGUGAUGGCCGCGUGGAGGUGUCCCUGGACGGCGCGUGGGGCCGCGUCCUGGACGACGCGUGGGACCUGCGUGGCGCAGGCGUCGUGUGCCGGCACGUGGUCUGCCGGCAGCUGGGCUGUGGCCGCGCCCUCAGCGCCCCGGGGGCCGCGCACUUCGGUGCGGGGACCGGGACCAUCUGGCUGGACGAGCUGGGCCGCGGGGGCGAAGAGUCUGCGCUGUGGCAGUGCCCGUCGCGGGGCUGGGGCCGGCACGACUGCGGGCACAAGGAGGACGCCGGCGUCUUCUGCGCAGGGCUCACCGACCUGAGGCUGCAGGGCGGCAGCCAGCCUUGCGCCGGACGGCCCGAAGUGUUCUAUAACGGGUCCUGGGGUGGCCUCUGCCUGACCCUAAGCUCUGCCACGCUGGGAGUCCUGUGCCAGCAGCUGGGUUGUGGGCCCCAUGGGUGGCCCCGGGCUGGGACAGUGUCCCAGAGGACCCCCGAGGCCCUCUGGGUGACCUCCGUGCAGUGCCGGCACAGACACGACACGUCCCUGUGGCAGUGCCCGUCGUCUCCCUGGGACCAGCAGUCCUGCUCCAGCGACAUGGAAGCCUGGGUGGUGUGUGCAGAGAAGGAGGGCUCAGUUCCUCAGGACCCUGGAGAGACCCUCAACUGUUCUGCAUCUCAGACCUGCCCAGAGGAGGGCGCCGUGCGCGUGCGCGGGGGCGAGGACGGCUGCUCCGGCCGCGUGGAGCUCUGGCGCGCCGGCUCCUGGGGCACCGUGUGUGACGAUUCCUGGGACCUGGCAGACGCGGAGGUCGUGUGCCGCCAGCUGGGCUGUGGCCGGGCCGUGGGCGCCCCGGCAGGGGCGGCCUUUGGCCCAGGCUCGGGCCCCGUGUGGCUGGACGAGGUGGGGUGCGGUGGCAGCGAGGCGUCCCUGUGGGCCUGCCCGGCGGAGCCGUGGGGACGGACAGACUGCGAGCACAAGGAGGACGCGGGCGUCGUCUGCUCCCAGCCUGGCCCCGGCCCCGGCCCCCUGGCGGCCACAGAGCCUGGUCCUGGGCCCCUGGCAGCCACAGAACCCUGCCUGACGCUCAGGGUGGUCAGCACAGUCCUUGGGGCGGUUCUCGGAGUCCUCCUCCUGGGCCUUCUGGGCCUCUUGGGCCUCUGGAGCUUGCGUCACGUGCAGCAGAGAGAUCUGGGGAGCGCAGAGGUGUCUCCUGGGGAGCCCACCUAUGACGUCAUCGAGGAGCUGCCUCUGGCCGCGUUGUACGAGGAGAUCCUGGAGGGCAAGGACGGGGCCCCGGGAGAGGUGGCGAGCCUCACGGAUGGACAGUCUGUGCCUGAGGAGGGUUAUGAUGAUGCUGCGUCUCCACUGGAGGACGUGACAGCGUAA